AGACACAUUGCUGGAUCACAUGUAAACAUGGCGGCUAUGUUUAGGAGAUAUCGUUUGAUUUUCACAAUCUUUUGAAUUCUUUGCUGGGAACGAUCCUCACAAUUUAGCUGAGAAAAGGAAUGGCAGCAACAGGGCCGUAUAUAAUCUACAAAUCUUCCCAGUUCUGCGCCGCAGUUCGUUGCAAUGUUGGCUUCGAUCAUCCACUUCGCAAGCGAAUUCGUGAAGUCGAGUUCCCUUUUCCGAAAGGUGCAGACACGCUGCCUCUUCGGCUUAAUUUGGAAAGUUUGACUACCGCAGUCAGUGAAAUCUGCCAGCAAAUGAGAGAAAGAAGAGAAAAAUACUUGCUGCAGAGACAGAGUAUAAGGCAACGAAGAAAAGGUUUUUGCGAAGAUUUUCAUCCAGACGAGACGGAAGGAAAUCUGAGUUACGAAAACCAGUUGGUAAACCGGGACAUUCGCCUUCUUGGUGCAGGUGGAUUUUUGUGGGAUAAGGAGCGAGUUACAGACUAUGAGCUGUUCAGGUGCAAAAAAGAAAACUCUAGGAAAAGGAAAAGUGACAAAAUAAACAGUGACAAAGAGGAAUGGGAACACUUUAUCAACCAACAUCAGUUAGAAGUGUGGAGAAGGCCUAUUGAUACUACUGGGCUUUAUGAAUACAAAGUUUUUGGUACUUUCUUUGAUAUAAAUGCAACGUCCUUCUAUAGGACUCAGGUUGAUAAUGAAUACCGCCUAUGCUGGGACCAGUUUGUUUUAAAACUUGAUGUUGUUGACUCUGAUCCUGUGACUGGAACUGAAGUACUACACUGGGUUACAAAAUUUCCUUACCCAUUGAGAAAUAGAGACUAUGUGUUUGUAAGAAGAGGGAAGAUUGAUCAUAAUUCAAGGACGAUGGUUCUGCUAUCAAGGGCAACUCAUCAUCCACUCUGUCCAGAGAAUAAUGAACAUGUGCGAGUGCCAAGCUACCACUCCAGCAUGGUGAUUGUACCACAUAAAACAUUUGAUGAGGAUGGAUUUGACUUUGUUUUGUCUUACUUUGAUGAUCCCAAGACAAACUUUCCAUCUUACUGCAUGAAUAUUUUGACAAGCACAAAUCUCCCAACUUUUAUUGAAACACUUCAUAAUGCAGCUGCUGGUUUAAAUCAACACCAAGAAAAAGUUUUACAAGCGGGUUGAAAUACCACUAUCACAACUUUAUGACAAAAUGAACAUUAAAAUUAUGAAAACUUAGUGGAAAAUUUAAAUUUCAGCAAAGCCAGUUAACUGUUUUUGCAAGACGUAAAUUGAUAUACUUUUCUGCAGUACUCCGAGGCAAGUACAUGUGAACCUUUGAGUAUACAUCAAGUGCAAAGUUGUGACGAUUCAACAAGAGUUGUAAACCUAUUGUAGUUUCACAUCACGCAAACGGUGUGUGGGGUGAAUGAAGCCGAAAACAAAGAAUAUUUUAGAGAAAUUAAGAGAGAAUUAAUUGAGCAAACAUUGUCCACUCAUAAACGAAGUUGUGUAGAAAAACGUACACUCUAUUUUUGGUAUGAUGUUGAUUAAAUACAACUGCGAUACUUUGCA